UUUGACAAUGGCAGUCCAUUUGCUUCCGGUUCGCGCUGCUCUGAUAUUAGAGUCUGAUGCGCAAGUUUGUCAUUUUCAUUUAAAUGAAUUUAAAUACGACAAAAUCAGUUUUCAUCAUUAAUAUAAAGAUGCUUUAAAAUCAGCUACAGUCUGUCAGUUUGAUAUCAGACAUAAAUAUGAGUGGUGGUUUAGCCCCCAGCAAGAGCACAGUCUAUGUGUCUAAUAUCCCAUUUUCCUUGACAAACAACGAUUUGCACAAGUUAUGCACUAAAUAUGGCAAGGUGGUUAAGGUGACUGUCGUCAAAGACAAGCAGACUCGAAUGAGCAAAGGAGUUGCGUUUGUGCUGUUCCUAGACAGAGAGUCAGCUCAUAACUGUGCCCGCUCAUUGAACAACAAACAGUUGUUUGGGAGAACAGUGAAAGCUAGCAUAGCCAUCGACAAUGGGAGAGCUACAGAAUUCAUCAAGAAGAGAAACUAUACGGACAAGUCCAAGUGUUACGAGUGUGGUGAAGAAGGGCACUUAAGUUACUUCUGUCCAAAAAACUUACUUGGGGAGCGAGAACCACCACCUAAAAAAGAAAAGAAAAAGAAGAAAAAGGUCCAGCAGCCUGAAGAAGUAGAACCAGAGGACAGUGAGGAUGAGGGAGAGGAUCCAGCACUGGACAGUUUAAGUCAGGCAAUUGCUUUCCAGCAAGCACACAUUGAAGAGGAGAGGAGACGAAAGCAGGUCACAGAGGACACGUCUCGAGCAUCUACAUCAGAGGACACCCACAAACCCAGGAUCAAAAAGAGCACCUACUUCAGUGACGAGGAGGAGCUCAGUGACUGAUUCAUACUUUCAUGUGCUCAAGACACCUCUGCUCAUCUGUUCUUACCCAUUAAGGAGGUCACACAUUGAUCUAAAUUUCCAGUUUCAUCAAAGUUUGGUUAUAAGUGUUGCCAUCCAAGGCAGUAAAAAAACAUUAGUUAUGAAUGUUAUGAAUGCUCCUCAUUCAGAUAAAUACUCUUCAAAAUAUUUGGUAAAUAGUAUUGUGAUUUCUAUAUCAUGCAGAGCACCUUUGUGAAUUUGUACUUUUUUUAAUCUUGUAAAUAUAGUUUAGUUUUGUGGAUUUCAAAAUAAGAUUAUUGUGAUUGUUUCAGGCAGAAUGGAAAAUAAAACCGUUUUUAAGCAACUUG